GCAGAUCUCAAGAACAUAAUGCACAUAGGAUAAGUAUUAGUUCAAGUGUUGUCUGUUUUUGUAAGUAAUGACUAUCCUCCUCUUUUAAAUGUCAUUUUGGUAAUCGUUUGGCGUUGUCAUGGUGAAAAGUGAAAGGCAUGAUAUUUAUGGGAAGGAGCGGGGGCCAUUUAAGGCAGCUGAGGCAGUCUGACAGACCGACAUCGUCUUCCCGCCAUAGCUUCUCGUCAUGUGUGAAGAUUGCAAAGGAGAGGAAGAGCUUCUAGGCAAAUGCACAGAGGACAGGAGGGACACUAUGGGCGCGCCGGUGGAAGUUUUGGAUGAAGACGCGUCGUCGCUGCAGGCGAUGGCAUCUGCACCUCUGCUGGGCAGAACUGUGUGUGCGAGCUGCAACGAGGAAAUUGUGGAUAAAUAUUUAUUAAAGGUUAACGACUUGUGCUGGCAUGUGCGCUGUCUCUCAUGCAGUGUGUGCCAGACUUCACUUGGCAGCCACACCAGCUGUUACAUCAAAGACAAAGAAGUUUUCUGCAAACUGGAUUACUUUCGAAGAUACGGCACCUGGUGUGCGUGCUGCGGCAGAAACAUCCACUCCACAGACUGGGUCCGCCGGGCGAAGGGGAACGUCUACCACCUGGCCUGCUUCGCCUGCUUCUCCUGCAAGAGGCAGCUGUCCACCGGGGAGGAGUUCGCCCUGGUGGAGGAGAAGGUGCUCUGCAGGGUCCACUACGACUGCAUGCUAGACAAUCUCAAGCGGGCCGUGGAGAAAGGAAAUAGUGUGAACAUGGAGGGGGCUGUGCCCACCGAGCAGGAGAUUAACCAGCCAAAACCCUCCAAGAGAGCUCGGACCAGCUUCACUGCCGACCAACUGCAGGUGAUGCAGGCCCAGUUUGCUCAGGACAACAACCCAGAUGCCCAAACGCUGCAGAAACUGGCAGAGCAGACGGGCCUCAGUCGAAGAGUCAUACAGGUCUGGUUCCAGAAUUGCCGAGCUCGCCACAAGAAGCACGUGAGCCCCAAUCACACCUCCAGCACCCCGAUGACCUCAUUGCAGCCAAGCCGCCUGUCCCAGCCCACCCCAACCCCCGAGGAGCUGCAGUACACAGCCUACGGAGGCCCAGAGGGGUCAAUGCUCUCUGCACUACACUCCUUCAUAGACAUACACCCCCCUCCAUCCAUGUUUCAACCGCUGCUGCCAGCCCACGCCAUGACCUCCCUGCCUGUGUCUCACGCCUGAGCAGCUCUCUCACACACACACACUCUCUCUCACACACACACACACACACACUCUCUCUCACACACACACACACACACACACACACACACACACACACACACACACACACACACACACACACACACACACACACACACACACACACACACACACACACACAAGCCUCAGACUUCACCAGCGAUCGUUCGUCAUUAGCAGCCGCAGUAUUCAGAUCUCCUCGGUAAAUAUAAUUUCAUUUUCAGUGAACCAUAAAACCCUUUUCUUAAACCGCCAGUUGUCAUUACAUAUUCUUUGAAAACACUUACUUCAUUGCUGAGCAUUAUUAUGGAUGAGUAUAAUUUACAGUCCUAAAUGUACUGUAUGAUGUGGAAAUGGAAAAAGUUUCAGUGUACCUCAUAGGAUUGUGACAUAUGACAUUAUAGAUUUUAUAUUUGUUUGAGUUGUUGGUGACACAGUUUGACCGUGCUACUCUAAGUGAAAGCCACCAGACCCCAAAUGUCAACUCCUUCUGAAGAUGAACUUGAAAUUGUUUGUAUAGCAGUGUUUCAAUAUUGCAAUUUAAUUUAUUUAUUGUAUGUGAAGUCUGUUUUGAAAAUAAAUGUCUAAUUUCACAAAACUGGGAGAUGUAUGAAUGACUGUAAACACAACAAAACAGCUUACAGCCAGUAACAGCUGACAUGGCGCAGUGUUUGUACCUCAAUGUGCAAAUAUAGAAUUUUGGUAAAGUAGUAGUAUUAAGAGUAUUAAGUAUUAAGAAUUAAGUGUGUGAAGUAGAAAAACAAUUUAUUGAUAAAAACAGAAGUAUCAAAGCACAUCUAUGUUAUGAUGAAUAUAGACACAGACAAUAUAUUCUGUUAAAAAAAUACAUGCAUCUUUUACUGUAUAAAUAAAUAUAUGACAGAGGCAUUUAUACGGACAGUUUUCUGCACAAAUGAGACAGAAUAAAUAAAACAGUUUGGAGUAUAGCUCAUCUUUCUGUCGAUCGACAGCUUAGAGCACUGCAUCUUCGGUUUGUCUUUUGCAGUAAGAAAACUGACACCCAUUCUAACAGGGAGAGAGGUUUUACUUGUGUGUACUUGUUGACUGUGGUUGACCAAAAGAAUCUAAUUUCCAGACAUGGGAGGGAGGGGGAAGCAUAUAAAAACACAGUUUUUACUUCACUUAUCAGAUCUUAGGUAUUUACCCUCAUGGGAAUGAAACUAAACCUGAGGUGCAUGCACAAAAAGAUACAAAAUUCAACAGGGUAAAUAGUAGUUUUUCAGUGUAUAAAAAAAAAAAAAAGAA